CAAUAAACUUCAAAGGAUGCCUUUGACAUUUCUCAGAAUUUACUUACACUGCAAUCAACACCCAAAAAUAAUGUACACAACUCUCUAAUCUAAUCCCCAAACUAAAAAAUACAUUAUUAUUUUUUUUUUAAUCUCCAAACUAGAAAAAAAAAAACCAUCAACAAGAAAACACAAAGCAAAAAAGCAAAGAGCCGUCUCUCUCUCUCUCUCUCUAGGGUCAAAACUCAAAACCACCACCGCACGGGACCAAACACAAUCAUCAGUCCAGAAUUUCCGGCAGGAGUUCCCUUAUUAUCUCCGCUAUUCAUCUUUAUGUUAUAAUCGAUCGCCGCGGCGACGCUUCGUUUUUUCCCGGUAACUUCCCGGUGACCGGUUGAAAUUUUCUUUUCGGGAGAGUUUUUGAUAUAUUAUGAAGAAUAACGGAAAAGGAAAUAAUAAUAGUAAGAGCAAUAACAGCAAUGGCUUUAUUCCAAAUUCUUUAAAAUUCAUUUCUUCCUGUAUUAAAACUGCCUCUUCCGGUGUCCGGUCAGCCAGCGCUUCCGUCGCUGCCUCUAUUUCUGGUGAUAAUCAAGCCCAUAAGGACCAGGUACUUUGGGCUUCCUUUGACAGACUAGAGCUUGGUCCAUCUUCCUUCAAACAAGUUCUCUUACUUGGCUACUCCAAUGGCUUUCAAGUCAUUGAUGUUGAAGAUGCCUCUGAUGUACUUGAACUUGUUUCAAAGCGAGAUGACCCAGUUACAUUUCUACAGAUGCAACCCCGCCCUGCCAAAUCUGAGGACUGUGAAGGAUUUAGAGCAUCACAUCCUUUACUAUUGGUUGUUGCAUGUGAUGAAGCAAAGAGCUCGGCUCCAAUGCUUAGCGGGAGAGAUGGAUCGGUCAGAGAUGGCUAUAACGAGCCUCAAACAGGACAUGUUUCCAUCUCUCCCACUACUGUGCGGUUUUACUCACUGAGAUCUCAUAAUUAUGUUCAUGUUCUGAGAUUUCGUUCGAUAGUGUAUAUGGUUAGAUGCAGUCCGCAUAUACUGGCCGUGGGCCUUGCAUCACAAAUAUACUGCUUUGAUGCUCUCACUCUUGAGAACAAAUUCAGUGUUCUCACUUAUCCUGUCCCUCAGCUGGGAGGCCAAGCAAUGGGUGGGGUUAAUAUUGGAUAUGGUCCAAUGGCUGUGGGUCCCAGGUGGUUAGCUUAUGCUUCUGACAAUCCCUUGGUGUCAAACACAGGCCGCUUGAGUCCACAAAGUCUUACUCCUCCUAUGGGUGUUAGUCCAUCAACUUCGCCAGGCAGUGGGAGUUUGAUGGCACGAUAUGCCAUGGAAUCUAGUAAGCAGAUAGCUACUGGCUUAAUAAAUUUGGGAGACAUGGGCUACAAGACUUUGUCUAGAUACUAUCAAGAUCUUAUCCCUGAUGGUUCUAGCUCUCCUGUAUAUUCAAAUUCGAGUUGGAAACUUGGCCGGAGUGCAACACAUUCUUUAGAAACAGAGAAUGCUGGAAUGGUUGUUGUGAAAGAUUUUGUUUCCAGAGCUGUGGUGUCACAAUUUAGAGCUCAUACUAGUCCAAUUUCUGCUCUUUGUUUUGAUCCAAGUGGUACACUGCUGGUUACUGCCUCAAUUCAUGGGAACAAUAUAAAUAUUUUCCGGAUUAUGCCAUCCUCCUCUCAAAGUGGAUCAGGCACUAAGAGUUAUGAUUGGAGUUCUUCUCAUGUACACCUUUAUAAGCUCCAUCGUGGCAUUACAUCAGCUGUUAUACAAGACAUUUGCUUUAGUCAUUAUAGUCAAUGGAUUGCCAUUGUUUCAUCCAGAGGCACUUGUCAUAUUUUUGUCCUUUCUCCUUUUGGUGGUGAGAAUGUUCUUCAAAUUCACAAUUCGCAUGUAGAUGGGCCUAGUCUUUUGCCAGUUCUAUCCCUACCAUGGUGGUCCACUUCAUUGUUAACAGUAAAUCAACAAUGUUUUUCUGCAUCACCGCCAUCACCUGUUACCUUAUCCGUGGUGAGCAGAAUUAAAAAUAAUAAUACUGGCUGGCUCAACACAGUUAGCAAUGCUGCAUCUUCUGGAAAGACCUCAUUGCAAUCUGGUGCUAUUGCUUCUGUUUUCCAUAACUGUGUACCUCAAAAUUUGCACCCUGCUCACUUGAAAAAUGUUAAUGCUUUGGACCACCUAUUGGUUUAUACUCCUUCUGGUCAUCUAGUUCAAUACAAAUUGAUGUCGACGGUAGGGGCAGAUGCCACUGAAGUUGUUACAAGGAUCGGUCAAGGUUCUUCUGCGCAGAUACAAGAUGAGGAGUUACGUGUCAAUGUUGAAUCUGUUCAGUGGUGGGAUGUCUGCCGUCGAGCAGAUUGGCCAGAAAGAGAGGAAUGUAUUUCUGGAAUUACUCUAGGUAGACAAGAAACUACUGAUAUGCCUAUGGAAACAUCUGAUUGUGAAGAUAAUGAUACUGGGCAUGUGGAGUCAUUAAAGUUCCAUGAACAGUCUCACUUAUAUCUUUCUAAUGCAGAGGUGCAAAUGAGUUCAUGGAGGAUAUCACUUUGGCAGAAAUCUAAGAUGUCUUUCUAUGUGAUUAAUGAUCUUGAGACCAUAGACAUUGGGGAUCAUACUGGUGGGGAGUUUGAAGUAGAGAAUGCUCCCGUUCAAGAGGUUGAAGUCAGGCGGAAGGAUUUAUUGCCUGUUUUUGACCAUUUUCACAGGACUUUCUCUACUGGAAAUGACAGGUGUCUCAAUGGUGAAAGAUACUCAACUACAUUGACUGGUUCUCGUGAAGUUAAAGAGUGGGGACAUGCUGUUAUUUCCCACUCUAAGUCAGUUUCAGAGGGCUCAGUUGCUAACUCUGAUAGUGGAUUGUCAACGAAACAUUAUCCGCUUAUUCUCCAAUAUGGUAACAGCGCUGUUGAUGAAGAAGAGAUUUCUGCUAUGGCAUCACCCUUCCUGUAUAGGAGUUCUCUUAACAAAGAUAGUGGUUCAGUUUCUCUCAAGAAAUCUGAAAUGGGCGUUUCCCCCGAGGAUAGUAGUUCUAUGGAUAGUAAUUUAACAUCUUUAACAAGUGGCUCGCUUUCUGCUGGAAGAGCAAUAACAAAAGAAGUCCAGUCGUCAAACAGUGGCCUGACAAGUGAUGCUUCAAACGCAAGUUCCAAUCGCUCUGACUUGAGCAUGAACAUCAUAGAUGAGGGGCCAACAAUUGACUCAUUGGAUUUUGAGCAGUUAUUUCAAGAGGGUUACUGUAAAGUAUCGGCCUUAAAUGAAUGUCAUGAAUCAACAGAAGUUAGUUUUGCAGGCAACAACUGUAGUCCUGAUUUAGAAAAAUUUGAGGAAGAUGGCGACAAUGAUGAUAUGCUUGGAGGUGUUUUUGCUUUCUCUGAAGAAGGUUGAUGUCUGUCUUCCUGCUUUCCAAGUUCUGCUGAAUUAUUGCCACCCUCCAGUUCAUUUAGUUUAUUGGGAAAGGUUGGUCAAAGUUCAGCCUAAUGGAGGAUUAGAUACUAAUUGAUUAAAGCUUUGUGUAAUAUCCUGACAAUGUUGGGAAUGUUACCGGCUGAUUAAUGCAAGGAUCAUCACCGGUGCAAAUGCCUGGCUCUCUCCUCUUCUAAUUCUCAUGUACAUGCUGUAAAUUGAUAUCCAUAAAACAAAUGAUUUGUGUGGAAAAGUCGUUCUAUUCUGUGUAUUCAUUCUUCAAAGGGCAAAAAAGAAAAAGAAAAAGAAAAUAGAAUAAAGAAAAUUUGAAUGA